ACUGAGAACAACACCCAAACAAAGCUAGUCUAAUAUAUAACAAAUCCAAAUCCAAACCCAAAGAAACAAAGAUAAAGAAGAGGCUCGUCCCUUCAUCUUCACUCGACAACAAAAAAAGAAAAAGCAAACUUUUCAUGAUUCCUCUUGGGUUUCUCUCUUAGUUUCCAUUUCUCUAAAAAUCCCUAACAACAACCAAUCAGCCUACAAAGUAUAAACGCUUCCACAAAACUCUAUCUUAUCUUACUCUAUUUUAUCCUUUUUUUCAAGGCCUUGUUUUUGAGAAUUAUGCAGCCUUGUAGCCGGGAAAUGCAAGCUAUGAACUCUCUUCUAAACCCAACUCAGCAAAUCCCUCUCCAAGACCUUCAAAGCAACGGAAACAGCAACGCCCAUCAACAGAUCCAAAACCCACAGUUCGAUCCCACGUCGCCACACGAUGACUUUUUAGAACAGAUGCUGUCGACACUCCCUUCUUGCUCAUGGUCCGACCUCAAAUCACCUUGGGACCCACCUAAAUCUGAUGAAACGGGUCCUCCUAAUCCAGAUAACAAUGUUGGGUUCCACUACGAUGAGAUUCUAGCUUCCAAGCUUAGACAACAUCAAAUCAACGGCGGAGGAGGCUCUUCUUCCGCUGCUGCAGCUAUGAAGAUGAUGAUGCAACAGCAGAUGAUGUUAGAGGGAAGAGCCACCGCUGCCGCUGGUGCAGGUGGAGGAGGAGGGUUCACGAUGCCUUUAUCUUUGGGUAGUGGUGCUGCUGGGUCUCAUCAGAACGACAAUAUCGUUGACGGGUCUUCGUUUAAAUCCCCUAAUCAUCAGGGUGGAGAUGGUUCCGUUCAAGCUUUGUGUAAUAGUUUUGGUGCGGGAUCUCUGCAUGGAACUAAUCAGUCAUCGAACCAGUUUCAGCAUUUUCACCAUCCUCAGGGAGGGAAUAUGCAGGCACAAAACUUCGGAGUUACAGCAGGAACAGUGAUGAACCAAAGUCAGGCAAGUGGUUCGACGACCGGGGGUACACCGGCUCAACCUAAACAAAGAGUUAGGGCAAGGAGGGGUCAAGCUACUGACCCUCACAGUAUCGCUGAAAGAUUACGCAGAGAGAGAAUUGCAGAGCGAAUGAAAGCUCUUCAGGAAUUGGUUCCCAAUGCCAACAAGACAGACAAGGCUUCGAUGCUUGAUGAGAUCAUCGACUAUGUCAAAUUCCUCCAGCUCCAAGUCAAGGUUCUAAGUAUGAGCAGAUUGGGCGGUGCAGCUGCUGUUGCUCCCCUUGUUGCUGAUAUGCCCUCUGAGGGAGGUGGUGAUUGUAUUCAAACGAGUGCUAAUGGCAAGCAAACGUCGUCACCUAACGACAGCCUAACGGUGACGGAGCACCAAGUGGCCAAGCUGAUGGAAGAGGACAUGGGCUCCGCCAUGCAGUACCUACAAGGGAAGGGUCUCUGCCUCAUGCCCAUCUCCCUCGCCACCGCCAUCUCCACUGCCACAUGUCAUUCCAGGAAUCCCAUGAUCAACAAUGCAAACCCAAAUAACGGUAACAGCAACCACCUGCUGCUUCAAUCCAGCGGUGAGGGGCCUUCCUCGCCUAGCAUGUCCGUGUUGACUGUCCAGUCAGCCACAGUGGGUAACGGCGCUAUUGACGGCUCCGUUAAAGAUGCUACCUCUGUCUCCAAGCCAUGAUAACGGAGUUGACUGACUUUUUUCUCGGUUUAUAAAAGAAAAAAGUUCAAUCUAAAGGAAAGAAUGAUUUGUGGAGGUAAUUUAACGGCAGCUUUAAGUCUAAGAAACUAAGGUGGUCUUGCAACGACGCCGUAUUUACUUAGACUUUGGCCAAAGCCCAAAUCUAACCUCAACCACGACAUCAACAAAAAACAAACAAGGAGGAUCACCCAACUCCUAGAACAACUUUUAUUAUUAUAAUUAAAUAAUUUUAAUUGUUUUUGGUUUAGGUUCUUUGUAUUUCAAUCUUCUCUUGUUUUUGGUUGUCUCUUUAUUUUAUUAUAUAUAUAUAUUUAAAUUUCAAUUUGGGCUGUCCAAUGCAAUGCAACAUCAAAAUGAAGGGUAUUAUUAUUUUCUUAACAUGGAGUCGAUG